GUCUCUGUGGCAUUCCUCCACCUCUCCAAGAGCACGGUACAUCACGAUUAGCCUCACCUGUGUCUUAAGAGCGGAAAAAGAGGUACAAACCUGAAACCUUCUGAGCUUUUACGUUUUUGUCACAAUGGGAGAGGAAAAGGCUUCACAGAAAUACGUAUCUUAGGUCCUUCGUCUCUUCCUUUGCUCUAGGAUGGAUGCUAUGCUGAGCUGAUCUCUGGAUCAACCAGAGUACACCCUGAUCUAAAAACAAGUGACGAGGAAACAAGACCUGCAGGUACUGAAGAACUUAUAUCUGGACAUUUCUGAGCUCAGCGCCAGCUCGCGCUGUUCAACGCAGUUUGACUCUUUUCUUCACCGCCAAGGACAACAUCCCACAUUGAACAAUGGCUUUGAUGGUGGUCAAGUUCGAUCUGAAAAAGCGAGUAAAGCUCGCCCAGACUGUCUGGUUCAUGUACUGGUUUGCUGUACUGGCCGGUAUCCUUGUCCUCAGCCUGGGCCUGUUCUUCAAAAUCGAGCUGCGAAAGCGCUCAGAACUCAUGGACAACAACGAGAGCCACUUCCUGCCCAACUUGCUCAUAUUCAUGGGUCUCUUAGCUUGCGCCAUCAACGCCUUUGGGGGCAAAGUUUGCUACGACUCUCUGGAUCCUACAAAGUUUGCAAAGUGGAAGCCCGUGCUGAAGAGCUUCCUGGUGUUCUGCGUGUUAUUCAACGCCCUGAUGCUUGUCACCGCUCUGUUGUGUUUCAUCAUGAGGAUCCCGCUGCAGUUCACCCUGGCCGAAGGCCUGAGAAAUGGUAUGAGGUACUACAAGGACACGGACACGCCGGGACGCUGCUACAUGAAGAGGACCCUGGACCUGAUGCAAAUAGAGUUUCGUUGCUGCGGGAAUGACAACUUCAGAGAUUGGUUUGAGAUUCAGUGGGUCAGCAACCGCUACCUUGACUUCAGCGCCAAAGAGGUCAAAGAUCGCAUUGGCAGCAAUGUGGACGGCCAGUACCUGAUGGACGGAGUGCCGUUCAGCUGCUGUAACCCCAGCUCCCCCAGACCCUGCAUCCAGUACCAGAUGACCAACAACACGGCUCACUACAGUUACGACCACUACACAGAGGAGCUCAACGUGUGGAAGGGCGGCUGCCGCGACGCCCUGAUUUCCUACUAUGGAGGCAUAAUGAACACCAUCGGUGCCCUGGUGGUGCUGGUCACGAUGCUGGAGGUUGCUGUGACCGUUGGCCUGCAGUACGUCCAGAGCUCCCUGUCCACGCUGGCCAACCCGGAGGACAUAGAGACCGAGAGCGAGGGCUUUCUGCUGGAGAAGACGGUCAAGGAGACGUUCACUGACAUCAUGGAUAAAAUGAAGGCUGUGGGCAAAGGCGGAAAGGUGGAGGAAGGGGGAGAGGAAGGUGUUGCAACAGUGAGCUGAGCAAACCCCCCCCAGAAACUGUGAACGCUCCCACCCACUGUGGAGAGAAGAACGGGGGCUUGCAAUUACGGCUGCUUUCUAUCAGCGUCUGUUCUGUAGACACACCGACCCAAAUUUAUGGCAACAGCCUCACGUCAAAUGGACAUAUUAUAAAUGGACCUCUUCAAUAAAUAAUUCCAUAUUUUCAAACAUAGAAAUUUCAUUUGAGGUAAAAACAAAACAAAGCUUUUAAUUUUGUUUUUUAAGCAGCAAACAAUUCAGUCAAUUCAAUCCAGAUUCAACAUUUAGUCACAGCUUAUAUUUAGAGAUUUGAAGUCUUGGUUCGGUUUUUAAUGCAAAAGUAUAAACCAGUCAAUAUCACAUCAGUUGGUUAUUUUAUUUAAUUUUUUCAAUUACAAAGUAGGUUUGUAAUUUUUCCUUUGUAUAGUUGUCUCCUAGCUUUGUGGGGAUGGUGGUUGCUAUGCAACCCCCCCUCUCAUGGAAGCCAAAGAUGCAGAUAUUUACAUAUUACAUCCCUGGAAUCGCAGCGUCAAACAGAGAUGUUGACCUGUCUUUAGUGUUUCGGCUCAUAUUUCAUACUGUAUAUAAAGAAAAGAAAAAGAAAAAGAGAAGAAAAACAUACCAGCGCCCCUCCCCUCCCCCCACUCAGCUCUUUUGAUACUGAGGUCCACCUCUGAAGGCUGGAUAAGCUCGUAGGAUGUAGUGCAUCGAGUCAGGAUGAAUGCGUGAAGGUCGUGGCACGUGAUUGAAGAGAGCGGCGUCGGAGUCGAGCGGGACGCCCCGGAGGGAAGCGGGGGGCAAUUCCAAUGUGGAGGAAAUUGGCAGCUAAAUCUGGGCUCCUGACCCCUGUCCUCUAAUCUUUGCUCUGGUUUUCCCUUGUGCUUUCAGUAUCUCUUCAUUGACACAUACUGCAUGUAUGUAUAUGUAUUUAUAUCAUUACAACUGAGUCUUUGUACAUAGUGUAGAGAAAAAAACUACUUUUUUAAAAAUAACAUAAUCACCUAAAGCUUUUAUGUAAAUGUAUGUUAAACCUAUUUUUGUUUUCUUUUUUUUUUCCAAAUAAUGUUUUUGGCUUUGAGUGUUUUGUGUAGAAGAGAAUGUAUU